ACAGAGCGUCAGCCAGUAUUGAGGCUGUCUCAGACCUGAGUGGUUCAGUUUAGGAAAAGGAUUCUCUCUUUCUCUCUCUCCCAGAGAUCACCGUACAGUGGUGCCGGAACACUGACUGAUUCCAGGAACACUGUCUGAUUCCAAACCCCUCCUCUCUCUCUCUCUCUCUCUCUCACACACACAUUCUCAGUCAUUCUCUCGCUGUUAGCAGACAUGAAUAGCCAGCUGGAGGUACUCAGUGCACUCCUUCUGCUCACUUUUCUGCUACCUGAAACCGCGCUGACGGAUAAGUCCCACCCUCGGUUCGAGAAUUGCUGUCGCAGUGUCACUCAGCAAGACGUGAAGCCCGGCCACUUCAACAGGUUCCAGAGGAUUUAUCGCAAGGUGGAGGAGUGCAGGACCUCGCAGGCAGCUGUGCUGCUCUCCCUGAAGAAAGGGGGGAACAUGUGUGUGGACCCUCAGAAGCCCUGGGUCAAGGAGCUGAUGAGGAGAAUCGACAAAGUGGCGCCUAAGAACAAUGUGGACAAAGCGAAUGACCGAAGCGGACACGUGGGCGCCAGGUACCAGGCCAAGGGUCCGACCCCGGUCAGGCAGGGAACGGGCACCACCCCGGCCAACCAGGAGGACCCGGACGCCACACCCUGGCGACCAAUGUCGGCAGGCAGCAGUGAGACCUCAGCGAUUCCUCACCCAGUCGAAGAGUCUGCUCUCCCAGGGUCUGAGGCAGCAGUGGGCACUGACCCUCCGAGCCUGCAGGGGGCGCUCCAUGGAGUGAGUGAGACGUUGGAGCUGGGCUCUAGUGUCCCCACCCCCACCCGGUCCAUCCCCGGGGAGUCGGCUGAUCGACAUGCAGGCAGCAGUGAGACCUCAGCGAUUCCUCACCCAGUCGAAGAGUCUGCUCUCCCAGGGUCUGAGGCAGCAGCGGACACUGACCCUCCGAGCCUGCAGGGGGCGCUCCAUGGAGUGAGUGAGACGUUGGAGCUGGGGUCUAGUGUCCCCACCCCCACCCGGUCCAUCCCCGGGGAGUCGGCUGAUCGACAUGCAGGCAGCAGUGAGACCUCAGCGAUUCCUCACCCAGUCGAAGAGUCUGCUCUCCCAGGGUCUGAGGCAGCAGCGGGCACUGACCCUCCGAGCCUGCAGGGGGCGCUCCAUGGAGUGAGUGAGACGUUGGAGCUGGGGUCUAGUGUCCCCACCCCCACCCGGUCCAUCCCCGGGGAGUCGGCUGAUCGACAUGCAGGCAGCAGUGAGACCUCAGCGAUUCCUCACCCAGUCGAAGAGUCUGCUCUCCCAGGGUCUGAGGCAGCAGUGGGCACUGACCCUCCGAGCCUGCAGGGGGCGCUCCAUGGAGUGAGUGAGACGUUGGAGCUGGGGUCUAGUGUCCCCACCCCCACCCGGUCCAUCCCCGGGGAGUCGGCUGAUCGACAUGCAGGCAGCAGUGAGACCUCAGCGAUUCCUCACCCAGUCGAAGAGUCUGCUCUCCCAGGGUCUGAGGCAGCAGUGGGCACUGACCCUCCGAGCCUGCAGGGGGCGCUCCAUGGAGUGAGUGAGACGUUGGAGCUGGGCUCUAGUGUCCCCACCCCCACCCGGUCCAUCCCCGGGGAGUCGGCUGAUCGACAUGGGUCAGAGGUCACCUGGCCGGAGGUCCCGCCCACUUCCACGGGUAGCCCCCCGGGAAUGGCGCCGGCGAAGGGAGGGUCCGAUCCCCGGGUGGUCGAGGAGACGGUGGAAUCGAGCGGGCGAGUGGGCCCCAAGAGGGCGAGGAAGAAGGAGCUUGGAAGGAGCGAGGUGGCACUGCUGGCCCUUCUGCCCAUCGUCUUGGUGCUGGUGUCUGUCAUCGCCUACCUGUUGUGCAAGAGGCGCCCGCGAAACGAUCCCCGGUACAAGCUGACGAUGGGGGAAGACGUUGAAGGAUUGCACGAUGCUCUGUAGCUGCUCUCACUCUCCUUCCUGACACUCCCCUUCACAUAUACGCCAGUUCCUUUACUAACCCUGCCCCUCUCUCUAUCCCUGUAUCCUCCUCCAGCCCCUACACUCCUCAGUGUCCGUGUUACCCCCCCCAUGGCCUUUCCACCCCCCCUCCCUAUCUCUGUCACCCCCUCCAGCCCCCUCCACCCCUGUCUCCAGGCUCCCUCUGGAGGAGCGUCCACCUGUCCGCCCGGAUCUUCCAGAUAUCCGUCAGAUGUUGGCCCGAGGUGCUCCGAGGGAGAGAGGUGCUACGUCAAUGCAACUUGGCCUUGCUUGCCUCCCAGCUCCUUGCCCCAUUGUUCCAAUCCUGGGGACCACCAUCACUCCGCAGCGGUGGGGAUGGUGGUGGCUGUCUGAUGGGGAAGGCGAUGCCUCUGUAGCGGAGCAGCCAGAAGCUGACCGUCUAUGGGCUGGCCGUCCAAUGUCGGCAAUGGUGGGGGGGUGCGGGGGGGCAUUGUUGGGGGUGACACAGGAGCACGGUCUAGGCCGCACCCCAGCCCUUUAGGCCUGUUCCAGCAGCCCAGGCCUUACCUGCGGCCUACCCCCCCCCUCAGACCUGCCAUGGGCCCAGGUCCAUUAAUCCUCUCACUCCCGGAAAAUAUCUCCACCUUUGAUUUAAAAUUAAUGAACCUCUGUCCAAACCCCUCCCACCUCUCUCUGUGUGGGUGUGUGUGUCAGAGUGUGUGUGUCUGUGUGUGUUUGUCUGUGUGUGUGGGUGUGUGUGUGGGUGUGUCUGUGUGUGUGUCUCUGUGUGUGUGUGUCUCUGUGUGUGUGUGUGUCAGUGUGAGUGUGUGUGUGUGUCAGUGUGAGUGUGUGUGUGUGUGUCUGGGUGUGUGUCUCUGUGUGUGUCAGUGUGAGUGUGUGUGUGUCUGCGUGUCUGUGUGUGUUUCUGUGUGUGUGUCUGGGUAUGUGUGUCUGUGUCUGGGUGUGUGAGUGUGUCUCUGUGGGUGUCUGUGUGUCUGUGUUGGUGUCUCUGUGUGUGGGUGUGGGUGUGUGUCUCUCUGUGUGUCAGUAUGUGUGUGUGUGUCUGUGUUGGUGUCUGUGUUGGUAACUGUGUUGGUGUCUGUGUGUGUGUGUAUGUCUGGGUGUCUGUGUGUGUGUCAGUAUGUCUGUGUGUGUGUAUGUAGUGACCCCACCCCUCACCCCCGGCCAAGGGGAGAGCUGCCCCCAGACGUCUCUCCUGAACGGUUCAGGCCUCAUCCUCAGGUGCCUCAGAAUGAGCUCAUGGCGGGGGGAGAUGGGGGAACGGCAUUGAAGCUCAGGGAGGACGGGAGAAUGGAGGGGGAGCGGGGAGAGAUGGGUCAGCCACGUGGGAUGGGCCGAUUGGCCUACUCCUGUGUCUUCCAACCUGCCAGGGAGUGGGAGGAACCGGCGCGCCUCAGUUGCAUUGGCAUUGUGCCGGAUACGUCCCCGAAGCUCCUUGGAACCAAUAGUGCCUUGCUGGCUCACUGCACCAGCGCCUCCCCACCAAGCCGGAGUAUCCAUUUCACCCCGUUCUGGGUGUUCGGUGGGGCAGGGGGGGGGUUGUUAAACCUUCUCCUUAUAUUGUUCCAGCCCCCACCCCCACCCCAGCAACAACAACAAGAACAUCACCACCACCCUGAACGGCUGGCGUCCCGACUGAGGUGUGGCAACGCCUCACCCCCAUCGAGCGUGGCUGCAGGAGAAAGGGGUGGGAGGAUGGAAGGAGGUGGGGGCUAGCAUGGGGCCGACGGGCUGAUGGGUCUGGUUCUGCGCUGUCAGCACUUUGCGAUUACAACAGGCACUCUUGAUUUUUAUAAUAAAGGUUUUGUUUUGUUUGAAA